GUUGUUGUAUGAACAUGCAGAAUCUUGUGUUGCUAUCUGGUGGUGGUGGUGGUGGUCUUAAAGAGAUACAGUAUAAGAAGCCAGCAUGUGAUUCAGUGGGUACUCAAGCAUGGAAAACUCCAAUAUGUCUCAAUGAAUUCUUCAUAAUGAGGCUUCCUUCAGAAUGCUCCUAUGCAGGGGCGGACUGACCAUUUGGAAACUCGGGCACUGCCCGAGGGCCCGGGGUCAGUAGGGGGCCCCAUGAGAUGCCCCUGGUACCUUUUUCAUAGGGUUUUUUUGAGUUUUUUUUGAGUUUGGGCAAGGACACAAGGGCCCCAUGAUCCCCUAUUGCCCGGGGGCCCCAUGAGUUGUCUGUCUGCCCCUG